AUGGAGUUGAUGGACAUUAAGUGGGCGUUUGCUAGCGCUGUGAGAAGGGCAAAGGAUUAUAUGAGCAGAACGGGGAGAACCAGCUUGGAAAGCAAAAGGGAUACCAAGUACGGGUAUGACAAGGGUGCUGUCACAUGCUUUAAUUGCGGUGAAAAGGGUCAUUUCAAGCGUGAGUGCAAACGCCCUAGCAACCAACAAGGCAACCAAAAUCCCUUCCAAAAUCAAGCUAACAAUGAACGAGGGAUAGUAGCUACCAACAACACAAACCAGUCGGGUCCUUCAAACGCCAACCGAGCAUUGAUAGCUCAAGCUGAUGAAGUGUGUGAUUGGUCCGUACAAUUUGGAGAUGGAAAUCAAGGAGGAACUGCAUGUUAUGCGAAGAUCAUCAGUCACAUCAAGCAUGUGCACAAAGAAGAAUUCUCUGAAGAUGAUGAUAGUUCGGGAUACAGUGGCAGUUCGGAUGAAGAUUCGAAUGUGAAUGAGAGAACUGGUUCUGAAGGUGAUAGUUUGUUGAAUGAUGCUGAGGAGGCAACUAAGAAAGAGCUAGCCAAGAUGAUAUGUGAGCAUGAAGCGAUCAAGCUCAAAUUGGAGAGUUACUCAAACUCCCGAUAUGUGCUUGAUCACAUCAUUGACGUUCAACAACUAAAGGGUAAUGUUAAAGGCCUUGGGUAUAAGUCGUGUCCGGCUUCUUUGAGACACAACUAUACCAAGAUGCCCGAUGAGGAGGAAAUGCCGCGUUUUGAGCCAACUAUUUUGAUUAAAGUUAUAUACUUUGAGGCGUUCUUAUUUGCACUAAUUUGUCCUAACCUAAUUUUGGUGAUCAAGGAAACGGAACAAGGUUUGGAUAUGAGUUCGUUGAUCCAUGUCAUCGGUCGUGACCUCACAAUGAAAAGUCUCAUGUGCCUGCCAAGAUACAACUAUGCUCGCAUCGCGUCACUAAACCGGAGUUUUCGUGAGCUCAUUAGAAGUGGUGAACUUUAUAGGCUAAGAAGCGUUCAUCAAGUAAUUGGACAUUGGGUCUAUUUUUCUUGUGACCCAUUGAAGUGGGAAGCUUUUGAUCCUGUCAACCAGAAAUGGAUGAAUCUACCCAUGAUGGAUACUGACUUAGGCUUCCAGUUCUCGGAUAAAGAGUCCAUGGCAGUUGGCACAGACCUGCUGGUUAUAGGAAAUGAUAUGCUUGGUCCGGGUAUCUACAAGUACAGUUUAUUAACAAAUUCAUGGUCACAAGGGCUGCCAAUGAAUGAACCCAGAUGGUUGCUUGGGUCGGCCAGUUUUAAGAAUAUUGCAAUCUUUGCAGGUGGUGUGGAUCGAAAUGGAAAGAUCAUGGAUGCGGUAGAAAGUUACGACAGUGAGACAGGGACUUGGAAGACACUUCCUAGUAUGAUUAAGCCGCGGAAAUUGAGUUCUGGGGUCUUUAUGGAUGGUAAGUUUUAUGUAAUAGGAGGGAUUAGCAGUAAUGAUUCAAAUCCAUUGACAUGUGGAGAAGAGUAUGAUCUGGAUACCCAAAAGUGGACUGAAAUUCCCAACAUGUCACCUGGUGGUGGCGGACCUGGAAUGGCUCCGCCGCUGCUUGCAGUGGCAAGCAAUGAGUUAUAUGCUGCUGAUUGUGCAGCAAUGGAACUGAAGAUGUAUAGCAAGAAGAACAAAGAAUGGGUUGCUAUUGGAAGGUUGCCUGAAAUAGCACACAGUAGGGAUGGUUGGGGUAUUGCAUUUAGAGGAUGUGGGAAUCGUGUCGUCAUCAUUUGUGGUCCUAGAGAUACCCAGAAUAGAUAUAUAGAGAUAUAUUCAUGGGUCCCUAGCGAAGGGCCACCACAGUGGAUGAGGAUUGGCUGGAAAAGUAGUAAUAACUUUGUCUUCAAUUGUGCUAUAAUGGGCUGUUAA